AUGAGCAAAUGUGAAUUAAGUGGGCGAGGACAUUCCGUAGCCAGAGCGUCGACAUUCGCCCCGUCCUCUGCAACCUCGACACUGUCAUCAUCCUCGAUAGCACCAGUUUCGCCAUUAGUGCUUCCGUCAUCCUCGUCGACAUUAUCAUCAACAUCAAUGGUUCCUGAAGCUAACUGCGCGGCAUCAUCAUCAUCACCGACAUUAUCGCUUGCUGAAAAUGGCGGUAAAAUGGUGACCAGUACAAGUGCUAGUGGUACUUCCACUUACUAUCAUCAUCGUUCCGGACGGAUACUUUGUGAUGGAUAUUUGAGGCUUAUUGAAGUAUUACGUGUCAAUAUCGCUCAACUCCGAAACUUACCUACUCGAAGUAUUCACAGUAAUGGCACUAGUAGCAGUCCUACAGAUAACAACGAUCAUAUUCGACCAAUAACUGUGCUAGCAAGAUUGGACACUGUCAAUAUUUUUCAGUCAACAUCAACCGCUAAUGGAAAUAUAUGCUGUUUUGGCGAUGAUUUUGUUCACGAAAUUUCGAAUACCUUUUCGCAGCUGCACUUUUUAAUCACCGAAAAUGUGAGCAAUCGUUUACCACGACAGAUUGGUUUAGUAAGCAUACGAAAACGUGAUAUUGUCAAACAUUCCGGUGAAGAUCGCUGGUAUCGAAUACAAGCCAUUACCAGACAAAAUGAUGUUUCCGGACAAAUUUGCAUAGAUGUACGUUGCGAACCAAGCAGAAAAUGCCUCGCUAUAAAAGUUGUAGACUACACGGGAUUAAAUAUACGCGAACCAGCGGAUCUGUAUUUACUGGUAACAUUGCAAGUGGCAACGCGAGUUGUGCAAUCCAAGAAGUUGAGUAUUGGCAUCAAUCGAGAAAGCGCCGAAACAUUGUUCAUGGAAUGCGAUGGAACGAUCCUCGAUGACAAUCAAAGGACACAAAAAGUACAGUUGCGAAUGUCACUUUGGCACGAUGUUUUACCAGGUUUCAACAGUUAUUUUCAAGGACAAAUACGCAUCACCCUUGACGAUGAAAUCGUCGAAAAAGAAUUCAUUGGCCCUCAGUGGUAUUAUCUGAAACCACGAAUGACUGGUGAUGAGAAUGAUGAUGGGAUUAAUAAUGGUGGCGCAAGCGACGUUUUGGUCACUGAGAGUCAGAAUCCGUUAAACGGUUAUCAGCAGCUUGGUGAACUGCGAUUGCGACUUUUUUAUACUGCGGAACAUGUGCUACCUGUCGAGUUCUAUAAACCGUUACAGAUGAAUCUUGUCAAGUCACUGACUUUACAACCAUUUUGCGCAUCACCAGCUGGGAUUCUCGAAUAUUUACCAUCGGUGGAUAUACUGACAAUUGCGAGGCCGUUAAUGAAGAUUUUUGUGCAGGCUGAACUGAUACGUCCUUUGUUGAGGAUUCUUUGCUCUGAUGACAUUCUGAAAUGCCAGGACGUAAAUACUUUAUUUCGAAGUCAAUCGUUGGCAACGAAGAUAAUUCAUGAACAAAUGAAGUUUUUUGGGCACCAUUAUCUUGUGAUCUCAAUCAAACCUGUUAUCGACAUGAUUUAUUGUGAGAAUAAAUGUUGCGAGAUUGAUCCAAUGAAGCUAAAACAAGGCGAUAGUUUGGAAUCGAAUAAGUUAAAUCUGAUAGUAUACGGUGAGAUAGCAUUUUCACGAGUAGUCGAUUCAAGUCAUCGUUGUCCGUUGGUAUUACGCGAAAUGUUUUCCGAUUUACGGGAACUUGCAAGACAGCAUUUUCCUGGUCGAGAAGAUAUUCAGCGAUUGGUGCUUAGCUCCUUCAUUAUCAUGCGUUUCUUUGCGGCUGCUCUUAUGAAUCCGAAAUCAUUUGGGCUCAAACGUGAUCAACCGGAAGGUGUUGUUUGUCGUACAUUGGUACUCCUGUCAAAAAUACUUCAACGUCUCUCGAACUGCGUUGUUUCUGCGAAUUCACUUACUGAAAAAGAGCCGUGGCUGUCAUCAGUUCUUGAGAGGUUCACAGAUGAACAACAUCGGCUCGCAAUGUUGAAGUUUCUUAACGCAAUAUCAAUGGCAGAGAAUGCCACAGAUGUGAAUGGUGAAAAUCUCUCAGUUGUUCGUGAUGGAUUUUUCAUCGAAAGAAAAAUUCGAGAAAAGCGUCGGAUACUGAGAAAUUUAGUGAAUCAAAAGCGACGAUACGUUGUGCUAACAGAAAAUGAGAUUUGCUGGCAGAAAACAAAAGCAGAUGCAGAACCGAAAGGCCGAAUGAGGCUCCAAGAAGUGAACCAGAUAGAACCAGUGGUAGAUGCGAAAAAUGUUUUCAGGAUAGCAUCACCUGAUUGUGAAAUUCAAUUUCAGGCACCGAGCACCGUUGAAAUGAAUGAAUGGAUAGUGCAAAUCCAAAAACAGCGGAAGCGGCAACUUAUGAUUGCUUUGCGUACGAACGAAUCAAACGAUGCAUUUGAAAUAGAUACUGAACGAGAGCUUGAGGCAAUUCAUGCGAUACUUUAUGAAAAUGCGGAAACACUAAAGCAGUGGAAGAAUACACUGGAAGGAACGGAGAUUCCGGUUGGACAUCCAUGUAUACCAAGUGCAUUACAGGAUCAGCUGAAAAAUAGUGAAAAUCCAGAACAAGCGAAGCAGCUGUUUUACAGUACUCUUCAAGGAAUUUUGCACAGUACUUUACUAAUCGAAAAGUCACAUGAUGAAAUUGUUAAUCGUUACAUCAAACAAAUUCGUUACGGUAAAGGGACGCGGGAACUUCCUAUCGGUGACGAUAAUUAUUUGCUACUGAAAUCACGAUUCCGUAAAAGCACUGAUAAAAUCUGA